AUGCUCAUAAAUUUAUUUCUUAAGGAUUAAUCAAAUUUAGAGAAGGAUUUAAAGAAUUUUGUAUUGUAUUUGAGAAAUGAUAGUAAGUAUAAUGAUUUAUUAAGAAGUCGAAAAAGGGAUUGCAUAUGUCAUAAAUGAAGAAGUGCUAAGAAUAGGGUCUGUUCAUUCUGUUAGUUUGAUUAAGAAUAAUGAUUUGAUACAAUGGCAGGUAAUAUUUGAGCAUGCAUUUAUAAAAAGUAUUUAAAGAGCAGAUAUAAUAAAAAUAAAUGAAUUGUUCAGUUUGUGGAUUGAAUUUCAUUAGAAAGGAUAAAGGUUGUCAAUAAAAGGAAUGUCAAAAAUGUAAAUUAAUAUAUCAUAGAUAUUGUUAUGGGUAUAAUAAUUUAGAUGAAUAAUGUGAUCCAUGUUAAGAUAAUGUUGAGAAACCUGAAUGCUAUAUUUGUGGAUAGAAUGGAUUACUUAAAAGAGUUUCUGGAUAUCAUGAAAUGUAUGUACAUGUUCUAUGUGCAAUUUUUGAUCCAAAUAUAUGGGUGAGAGAUUAUCAUACAAUGUCAUUUAGUUUAUAAAAUAAAAUAGAUAAAAAAACAAAGGAAAAAUGUUAGAAUUGUGAUAAUUAAGGAGCUUAGAUAAAAUGUUAGGAUUGCACAACAUUUGCACAUCCACAUUGUAUUUUAAAAGAAAAAGUAGAAAAAGAGUUGUAGCUAAUUGAAAAUUAAUAAUGGAUUUUUAAUCUUAAAUUUCAUGAUAGUGAUUUGGAUCCAAGUAUAAUAGAUGUAGGGAAUUAAGAAAUUUAAAAUGAAUUAUAUGAUAUUUAGGAAGCCUUUUAGAAUGCAAUUGAAAUGAUCUAUGAAAUUCCAUAACAGAAUGAAAAUUUAAUCAUUAAAUUAAAAGAUGAAGUAUAAUUUAACCUAGAAACUAUAUUUGAAAAUUAUUCAUUACCUAAAUCUAAUGAAAAUUGUUGGUCUUCUGAGAAUAAAGUAGAAAGUUAUUGUUAAUCUCAUAUGGAAAGUCAUAUGAUUUUUUGUAUUUGUAGAAAAUCAUUAAAUAAUUCAUAAAUGGUUUAAUGUGAUCAUUGUUAUGAAUGGUUCCAUUUUGGAUGUAUUAAAAAACGUUUAAUAAAAGAAGAAUCUUAUGUUUGUGAAGCUUGUAAAAGAUGGAGUAUUAAAAGAUGUAAAAUUGACAUAGAUGAUCCUUAAUUAUUAAGUUUGGAAGAUUUGCUUAUACCAAAUGAUAUAUAUAAAGUACACUUAUUAGACUUAUUACCCAUUUUAUUAUAUAUGGAAGCUAUUAUGAGAAGAUUAUAAAGGUUACCUUUAAGUAAGGCAGACUUUAAAAAUUUAAAGUUAAUUAAAUAAUUCUUAGCUUCAAUGCCUAUCAAAUCAUCUGCAGAAAUUUAAUUAGAUAAAAUAUUAUUGAGGUAAAAAUUAUUAGAAGAAUUAAAAUAAUAAAUGUUAUUUAUAAUACCAGUUUAAUUAGAAAAAAAUAAAUCUUUUUUUGAAGAAUUAAUUAUAUAAUUAAAAAACAAAGGAUAUUUAUUUGAAAAAUAUGAAAGAAAAGAUUUUAAAUCUUUUAUAUUAUCAAGAAAAUAAAUUAAAUUUAAAAUCAAAAAAGGAAUAAAUGAUGGUUAUUUAGUAGCAAACACAUUUAAUCUUUUGGAAGAAAACUUAGUUGAUAUAGAAAAAUUGUUUAUUUAUCAAAAUUAGAAUCUAUUUUAAUUAAUUAAUCGUUAUAUUGUAUCAUAAAAUAUUAAGAAUUAAUUCAAAUAACUAUUCAAUGUAACUAAAUUUUAAUGGGAUAUUCCAUGUAUUGAAAGUUAACUUGAAUUAAUUUUAUUUAAAUAAUAUAUAUUGAUGAAAAAUUAAAAAAGCAAACCAUUUAUAGAGAAAUUGAUAGAAUUAAAAAAAAUGGCUUAUAAAAGUAAUAUUACAAUGGGAUGUAUAAAAUUAAUAGAAAAAAUAAUAGAAGAAUGUUUAAUUUUGGAAAAUGUUAAUAUAUAAACAAAUUUAUAAUAAAUAAUAGAAUUUCCUUUUAAUAGUGAUAAAUUGUUAAAUAAUAUAUAAUCUCAUUUUGAAACUUAAUUGAUUGAGGAAUUUACAAUUGAUUUGGAAUAAAAAAUAUUGAAAAAUUGUCAUUUAACUGAAAGAGAAUAUAUGGGACUUUAUAGUUUUGAGAAUAUUAAAAAAGCUGCAUAAAGAUCAUAAAUAAUAGGUUAAGUUUUUAAUUAAUUAGUUGAAAUUAAUGAGAAAUUUUCAAAUUAAGAAAAAAUCACAAAUGAAUUUUGUACAGAAAUGCUAAAUUUGACGGAGAAUUGUUUAUUGACGACUGAAUAUAUAGAGAAUUAAAAAAUAAAGCUUAGAUAAUUCAAAGAAUUUGAUAAGAAAUUAAAGGAAAUUUUAAGUAUAAAGGAAUUAGAGGAAAUAGAAAAUAAAUGUAAAGUAUAUGGGUUUGAAUUAGAAACUGAAAGUCGUAUGAGAGAAUUGAUAUAAGCAAGAAAUAUAGUUGAAAGGAAAGGUAGUAUAAUUGAUAAUUUGGAUUAAUAUAGAUAUUUAAAAUCAAGAGAACUUGAAGAAUAUAUAGAGUUGAUAUAAUAGUAAAUAGAAUUUAUUCGUUAAUUUUACUAUAUAGCAUAUAAUCAUUAAGAGAAUUUACAGAUAAUGUUAUAAAAAGUGAAGGAGAUUAAAGAUUUAGAUUUUAGUAAUGAACUAAUAUCUUAGGUAAUAAUUCCUGAGAUUGUUUUUGAUGAGAUAAAAUAAAUUGUAUAGAAUUUUAGAUAAAUACAUUGGAGAUAUGAAUGUUAGAGAUUGUUGAAUUAAUCAAAUAGUAUUGAAUAGGAAUGUGGGAAAAAGAGGUAUAAUAUAGUAUAAGUGAUGAAAUUGUUGAAUUGUGAUAGUUAAAUUUAAGAUCAUUAUUAUUUGAUGUAGAUGCAAAAGAUAAAAAGUUAGUAUGAGAAUUGGUUGUAAACAUUGAGAGAAUUUGAAUUGUAAUUGUAAAGUUGUAAAGCACCAGAAUAGUAUUUACUAAUUAAAUUAUUAAACAGUAAUUAAUAUGAUGAUCCAGCAUUAUAAAGUCAAUUAUGGUCAUUUUAUAUUUAGAUGCUUUGGAUGUAGAAAGCAGAAGAGUUUUUAGAAUCUAAAGCAAAUGUAAUAAGUUUAAGAACUUUAAUAAAUUGUUCUCAUGUUGCUAAUAUAAAAUAAAAUAAUUAAUUAUUAAAUAAAUUAAAAGAGAAUUUAGAUGUAAUUUAAAAUUUAAAUUAAAAAAUGAAAGAAUUUUAAGAAUAACGAAUGUGGUGGUUGAGAAAUCGAGAAUAAAUUAAUCAUUUAUAAACAUAUAAAUAAUACUAUGAGUUUUUAGAGAAUAAAUUGGAUGCUGAAUAAAUGAAUGAAAUAUUGAUGAAAGCAAAGUAGUAUUCAGUGUAUAAAUUGAAAGAAUUAGAGGAUGAUUUAUAAGAAGUAAAGAUAGUUUUAUAUCAAUAUAAUGAUUUAGUAUAGUAAUAGCCAGAGAAUAAUGUGUAUAUUUAAUAAUUAUAGAAAACAAGAACAUUUUAUUGUAGAUGCUUUUUAAAAGUUUAAGGAUUUAGUUUAUAAUUGAUGUAUAAUAUGAUAAAGUAGUAAUCGUUAAGAAAUUUGAAAUUAAGAAGUUCGAAUGAUUCGAUUUAAGAGAGAUUGAAUGAAAUAGAUCUUUUAGUUGUAUUUGGAGGAGAGGAAUGGGAAUAAAAGUUACUUGGUAUUAAUAAAUAGAGAUAGAGGAAUACUAAUAGUGCAGAUUUGAAAUUUAUAGAUUAUGUAAGAUAUAUGAAUUAAUAUUAAGAGUUUAAGAGAUGAUUUUGAAUGGAUAGGAUGGUUAAAAGAGAGUUUGAAAAAUAAAAGUUAGAAUAAGAAGUAAUUAAAAGAGGAGAAGAUUGAGAAAAAAAAGUUAGAAUAAAUGAAAGUAGAUGUAAUUUUAGAAGAAGAGAGAAAAAUAUCAAGGGAAUUGAUUACUAAAAUGUUACAUACAUAUAAAAAUUGGAGAAAAGUGAAUGAAUAGUCUAUUAUGAAUUUAGAAGCAUAAAUAUUUAUGGAGAUGAGAGGAGAUAAAGAGAAAUAUUUAAAAGAGAUAGAUAAAAUAAAGUCUAUAAUAAAACUUAAUAUUUAGAAAGAGUAUUAAUAAUAUUUAUAAUUAGUUUAUUAUAUGAAGAAAUGAGAAAAAUAAAAUAUCAAGGAGUUAAAAAUAAUGCACAAAAAUAAUAAAAGAGAAUAGUUUAAAAGUAAUAAUAAUAAUAAUAGAAUAAUAAAAUAGUUAAGAUAACAUCUUAAUCUAUUAUUCCAUAAAUAAUUUGUAAGAAAUUAAUAGAAUAAAUAGAACCAAAAUAAUAGAAUUAAAUAGAAGUACAAAAUAAAAUUGGAAAUGAAACACAAUAAUAAUAAAAUGUGGAUUAUUAAAUAGAAGGAUCUAAAAUAGAAGAAAAAUAAGUUUUAAUGAAUAUCGGAGAACUUAAUAUAAUGUUAAAAAAGAAAUCUAAUGAAAAUAGAGAUUCAUGGUUGAUACGACCAUCAUUAUUAACUUAUGAUCAUAAUUAGACAUAAUAUUUUCCUAGAACUGAAUUAAUUACUGUGACUUGUGAAACAUAUUCUUCAGUUAAAACAGUUAUUGAAUAUUUGACUUAAAAAAAUACUUAAUUUAGAAUGAUAAUAGGAUGGGUUUAUUCUAAAAAUAUAGCAGUAGCAGGAGAUAUUUUUAAUUUGGCUGAUAAAUUAAAAUAUUCUAAAUAAUGUGUCGGAACUAAAUAAGGAAAUGUCGGAUUAACCUUAAUUUAUUAUGAUUUUCUAAAGAAAUUAAAACCUGUUACAAAAUGGAUACUUUUGAGAGACUAAUUUGAGUAAAUGUAUAAUAAUUAUAUUAGAAAUGAAUAGAUAAUGAGUAAUUUAUAAAAUUAUCAUACAUUAGAGAAAUUUAAAGCUCGUCUAUGUUUUGUUUAUUAUAUAAAAGAAUGUAAGAUUUGUAUAAAUACCAUAAUAUCUUAACCUGUGGAUUAUAUAGAUGUAAUGGAGGAACCAAAAUUAAAGAACAUUAUUGACGACUAUAAAUGUCUUUAAAAAUAACAUUCAAUUAAAUCUAAUAAUGUAGAUUAGAUUAAAGAAGAGAAUAAAGAUGGUGAUGUGUAACAAAACUAAAGUAUUCAUACUAUGCUGAUGGAAAUUCCUAACAUUUUUACCUUAUUAAAUUAAUGA